AUGACUUUAAUUUUGUUGUUUAUAACUUCUUUAACAAAAUUUAACGUGUUGUUUUCAAGUUUUGGUUUCGGGCUCUAUACGUGUUCCGCCGCUGCUAUCUCCACCGUAAAACAAGACUCGGAACGACGACCGGUGCAGCAAGAAACCAUGGCUGUCGGAAAGGAAAACGUGGAGGUGGUGGAGAUAACCAAGCCCCGAACGGACACAAGAGACUACAAAAGAAUAGUCCUUCCCAACUCUCUUCAAGUUCUUCUCAUCAGUGAUCCUGAUACCGAUAAGUGUGCAGCCUCGAUGAAUGUUGGUGUUGGUUCGUUUAGCGAUCCUGAAGGUCUCGAAGGCCUUGCUCAUUUUCUUGAACACAUGCUGUUUUAUGCAAGUGAGAAGUACCCUUUGGAGGAUAGUUAUUCUACAUACAUAUCCGAGCAUGGAGGUCGUACCAAUGCAUAUACAUCCUCUGAGCACACCAAUUACUACUUUGAUGUUAAUGCUGACUGUUUUGAAGAGGCUUUAGAUAGAUUUGCACAGUUCUUUAUCAAACCACUAAUGUCAUCUGAUGCAACUACGAGGGAAAUAAAAGCCGUUGACUCUGAGAAUCAGAAGAAUUUACUCUCUGAUGCAUGGAGAAUAAAUCAGCUGCAAAAACAUCUUAGUGAAGAAGGUCAUCCAUACCACAAGUUCAGUACAGGGAACUGGGAUACACUUGAGGUAAAGCCAAAGGCAAGAGGGGUAGAUACAAGAGAUGAACUCCUCAAAUUCUACAAAGAAAAUUACUCAGCCAACCUCAUGAAUCUUGUUAUAUAUGCAAAAGAAAGCUUGGAUAAAAUUGAGAACAGAGUACUGAGCAAAUUCCAAGAAAUAAGGAAUAUUGACCGCAUCCAUCCGAGUUUCCCUGGUCAACCAUGCACCCCUGAACAUCUUCAGGUUAUUGUGAAAACUGUUCCUGUAAAACGUGGUCACAAGCUGAGAAUUACAUGGCCAAUGACACCUUGCAUUCAUCAUUACAUGGAAGGGCCAAGUAGGUAUCUUGGCCACUUAAUUGGUCAUGAAGGAGAAGGAUCCCUCUUCUAUGUCUUGAAGAAAUUGGGUUGGGCAACAAGCUUAUCUGCUGGUGAAUCAGACUGGACUAUGGAGUUCUCUUUCUUUAAAGUGGUCAUUGAAUUAACUGAUGCUGGCCAUGAAAAUGCUGAACUUAUAAUUGGGCUCCUUUUCAAAUACAUUACACUCUUGCAACAAUCUGGUGUUUGCAAGUGGAUCUUUGAUGAGCUUUCUGCAAUCUGUGAGAUGACUUUCCACUAUCAGGAUAAGAUUCCUCCAAUUGAUUAUGUGGUGAAAAUUUCAUCAAAUAUGCAGUUAUACCCUUCAAAAGAUUGGCUAGUUGGAUCGUCUUUACCUUCCAUUUUUUCCCCUGAAGUUAUUCAGUCUGCACUAAAUGAGCUCACACCAAACAAUGUCAGAAUCUUUUGGGAGUCAACAAACUUUGAUGGACAUACUGAGCUGACAGAGCCAUGGUAUGGAACUGCAUUUUCUGUUGAAAAAAUCACCGCUUCCACCAUUCAGGAAUGGAUGAAAAGAGCUCCUGAAGAAGACCUACAUUUGCCCAGUCCUAAUGUGUUCAUACCUACUGAUUUGUCAAUUAAGAGUCUGAAAGAAAAGGUGAAUAUUCCUGUUUUGUUGAGGAAAUCAGAAUAUUCAAGGCUGUGUUCCCCUGAAGCAAAUGUUCUUACUGAUAUUUCUACACGGUUAUUGAUGGAUUACUUGAAUGAAUACGCUUAUGAUGCUCAGGUUGCUGGUCUGUAUUAUGCCAUUUCUCACACAGAUAAUGGUUUUCAGGUGACUUUGACUGGAUAUAGUCACAAGUUGAAGAUCUUACUCGAGACUGUAAUUAAGAAAUUUACAACUUUUGAAGUAAAAUCGGACAGGUUCAAUGUGAUUAAGGAAUUGGUCAUAAAAGAAUGUGAAAAUUACAAGUUUCAACAGCCAUAUCAGCAGGCCAUGUAUUACUGCUCAUUACUUGUAAAAGAUCGAUCAUGGCCUUGGACUGAUGAGCUUGAAGUUCUUUCAGUUCUUGAACCUGAACAUCUUUCAAGAUUUUAUCCUCAAAUUUUGUCAAGAAUCUUCAUAGAGUGCUAUGCAGCAGGGAAUAUCGAAUCGAAUGAAGCCGAAUUAAUGAUUCAACAUGUUGAAAAUGUACUUUUUAAGGGGACAAAACCUUUGUCUCAAGCUCUAUUCCCAUCACAGCAUCUGACAAAUAGGGUGGUCAACUUAGAAAAGGGUGUUACAUAUUGCUAUACUAAAGAGGGUCUGAAUCCAAGUGAUGAAAAUUCAGCUCUUCUUCACUACAUUCAGGUACAUCAGGAUGAUUUUAAGUUGAAUAUCAAGCUUCAGCUGGUUGCUCUUAUUGCUAAACAACCAGCCUUUCACCAACUUAGAUCAGUUGAGCAGCUUGGUUACAUCACUGUGCUUAUGCAGAGGAACGAUUCUGGCAUCCGUGGAGUGCAGUUCAUCAUACAAUCUACAGUAAAGGGCCCUAAACAUAUCGAUUCAAGGGUUCAAGCAUUUCUCAAAAUGUUUGAGACUAAACUCUAUGAGAUGCCAGAUGAUGAAUUCAAGAGCAAUGUUAAUGCACUGAUUGAGAUGAAGCUUGAGAAGCACAAGAACUUGAGAGAAGAAUCCGGAUACUUUUGGCGAGAAAUCCAAGAUGGCACCCUCAAAUUUGAUAGGAAAGAUCACGAGGUGGCGGCAUUGAAGCAGUUGAGCAAGGCAGAAAUGAUCCAAUUUUUUGAUGAGCAUAUAAAAGCAGGUGCUCCACAAAAGAAGGCUUUAAGUGUGCAAGUGUUCUCGACCACACAUGCUACAGAGGAGACGGCAGAUGCAGGCGAGGGCAAAAUUGUAAAUAUUGAAGAUGCUUUCAGUUUCAGGAGAUCGAGGCCUCUUUACGGGUCGUUCAAAGGAGGUAUCGGUCAUAUGAAGCUCUGAGGUAUUUUAUUUAUUUUCAAUCAAACACAAUUAAAAGAGCUUGCUUGUUACAUAUUAAAUUAUAUGCACUACAAUUUAUGGAUUCAAAGUUGUUUUCCCUUCAAGAAUCAUAUGAUUUGUUCUCUUUUACUUUCAUAAUGACACAUUUCCCUAUUUAUCUUGUAUUUUAUCUAUACCUCACCUCAAAACUACUUUUACUUUUCGCAUAAUAAGAAC